AUGACUCUGAAACGCUGGAGCUUGACAGAGUCUAGUGCCGUUCAGCAGCGUAGCCGGCAAGAAGUGGAUAUGGCCUUCCUGGCACCUUCUAGCCUCCGUCAGCUGGACCCCGGAUAUGAUGAAGAGAAGCAAAAAAGAAAAACUAAUCCAAAGUCUUGCAAGCUUGUCUGCCUGGGAAAGAGAAAAAAAGAAAGAGUCAAAGCAAUCCAGAAGAUCCCAAAAACUAUGAAAGAAAAGAGAGAACUCAGGGAUCACGUUCUUACGGAGAAAACAAAGGCCCGCAACCGGGAUGCCCAGAUUAACUGUUGUGCCCAGUGCUUCUACAACACAGCUUUGUCCUUUCGGCAGUUAAAAAAUGGCUUGUCAGAAUGUUUUCAGUUCUUCCACCUUUGGCAGAAGACUCUCAAGGUUAUCGGCAGCCAAUUUGGGACCAGCGUCUGCUCUUACUUUGUUUUCCUCACGUGGCUCCUGAUGUUCAACAUUUUCUCGUUCCUUGUGAACUUCAGCUUUAUCACAGUCCCUCAGCUCCUUGAAGCCAAAGCAAAUAACCUUUCGUUCACAGGGCUGGAGUUUUUCACAGGAGCCGGCUAUUUUACAGAAACGGUGCUCUACUACGGGUUUUAUGCCAAUGGUACAAUCUCAGAAAAUAAGAGCAGUUCUCCGUAUAACAUGCAGCUGGCCUAUAUUUUCACAAUAGGUGUUUAUUUUGUCCUCUGCUUCCUGAGCUUGCUGUACAGCAUGGCAAAGUCCUUCCGCAGGAACUUCAUUAAUCCUUCGAUGUACUCUGGGAAUGCUGCCAAACUUCUCUGCGUCUGGGACUUCAGUGUGACCAGUGAGAAAGCCGUGAAGCUGAAACAGAGAAACCUCAGUACUCAAAUGAAGGAAACACUCUCUGAAGUGAAUACUGAAGUGCUGAAGCUUUCCGUGGGUCAGAGGAUUGCAAAGCUCUCUGUUCAUCUGGCUGCCUGGCUUGUCUCCUUGGGGGCUGCAGUGGCUUCCUGUGCUGGUAUCUACUUCUUCUCCACAGCUAACUUAAAACUGUUUCUGAAAGAUGAUCAAACAGAGCUGGAAAGCGAAGCUGUCACACUGGUCUUGCCUGUCGUUGUCGGCCUGCUCAAUCACAUGGUGCCUUUCUUCUAUUCUUUCCUUGGCUUUUUUGAAAAAUUCACGUACCCUAAGCACCAAAUCUACACCUCUAUUGGCAGGAAUAUUAUCCUGAAAAUAUCAAUAAUUGGGAUCCUCUGCUACUACUGGCUUAACAUUGUGGCCGCAUCAGAAGUACAGUGCUGGGAAACCCUGGUUGGCCAAGAUAUAUACAGGCUCAUCAUUGCUGAAUUCAUCUGUUGCUUACUGGGAUCUUUCUUUGGCGAAUUUGCACGAAGAAUCAUUGGCACAAAAUGCUGCAAACAACUUGGCGUGCCAGAGUUUGACAUUGCUCGAAAUGUUUUGGAUUUGAUCUAUGCUCAGACAUUGGCAUGGAUUGGCAUCUUCUUCUCACCUCUGAUUCCAGCCAUUCAGAUACUAUCAUUUUUCAUCAUAUUUUAUGUGAAAAAGGUCAGUCUGAUGAUGAACUGUCAGCCACCUCGCAAAGCCUGGAGAGCUGCUCAGAUGAACACCCUCUUCAUUUUCUUCCUGUUCUUCCCGUCCUUUACUGGUGUCCUCUCUGUGAUAGCAGUCAUUGUCUGGAGAAUGAAGCCUUCCGAAACGUGUGGUCCAUUCCGAGGCCUGGAGACUAUCUUUGCAGCCAUUUCUGGCUGGAUAGCCAUUCUGACCACUUACUCCAGCUCACUAUGGAUCGUGUGGAUUUAUCACAAUUUGCUUGAAAGUGUUCAUUUCUUCUUCAUCCUUUCAGUCAUUGUGUUAAUUAUCACAUACCUUUACUGGCAGAUAAUCGAUGGACGGAAAAUAAUGGUUAAACUGCUACAAGAGCAGAUCGUGAAUGAAGGCAAGGAUAAGAUGUUUUUGCUGAAGAAGUUACGUGCGCUUCAGGCAACUGGACUCCCAGAUCCUGGAGAGCAGCGAGAGAGACACUCAUCCGUGCACCAGAUGCCGAGACAGCAAAUGCAUUCCUCACUACCCAACUACAUAGAAAGAUCCCCAAGAACAAUGGAAAGAGACUCUUAUGCUGAGCCUUCAGGACUGCCUGAAACGAACGGCUUCACCCCACGCUCUUCGGCAGUCCCUAGAAGGACCAGCUUCUCCCCUCAGUCUGAAAUGACCAGCUUUUCUCAAGCUAUUCCAGGGAAUCAGCAUCCAGGCAGGACCACGGGGGCUUCUGAGGCUCUGGCUCUUGCUCUGAGAGCCAGGCAAGAAGCUGAAUGGGAAACAGAUGAAGAAGACUUUCGGUCAUGAAAGCGCAGAAGCAAAAUGCACCAAGAAGCACUUUGGGGACAGCACUUGGCGAUUUGCACAACCAAAUGGGGGGGGAUGGAGAGUCUGUGUAAGAACUGGCAUAACUCUGAACAUGGGCUGAUGAAGACGGGAUUGAAAAGCAAGGAUUUUGCUUCAAAAAUCAAACUUUCCCCACUGGUUGCAGUUUAAUUUAUUAUGAUUUUUGAGAACGCAGUGCAAUAUAUUGAGAGACUGAAACCCUUUUGCUGAUUUCCACCCAUCCUUUUCUAAGUCCAGGAUUGCUCACGUGCUGGAAGAAGCAUGGAGACUGACCGUGUUUUUUCAUGGCGCACUGGAUCAGUGUCGCCUCUUCCUGACGAGAAUUUUGUGGACAUCUGUGAUAACUUUCUCCCUGAACGACUG